AUGACAACUGGUCUCCGAUGGAACGUGAGUGUGAACGCCACUUCCAGGAAAACAUUUCACGCAAUUCUCAUGGCAGAACGCAAGUUCGAAUCGAAUGAGGAACUUAAACGUCAAUAUCAUGAUUUCAUUGAAGAAUAUAUAGCGAUGGGACAUAUGAGAGAGGUGUCAUCCACGGAAAUAAUACAAUCACCACAAUAUUUCUUGCCGCAUCACGCAAUUUUGCGGCCCGAAAGUUCUACAACAAAAUUACGCGUCGUUUUUGACGCGUCAUCAAAAUCCCAAUCCGGAAUCUCGCUGAAUGACGUGCUUCUAAGUGGUCCGACAAUCCAGGAUUCGCUGAUUUCCAUAAUUAUGCGUUAUCGUAUGCACGCGUUCGUAGUUAGCGCUGAUAUUGCCAAGAUGUACAGGCAGAUAUUGGUUCAUCCGACGGAUCAACCGUUGCAGAGAAUUUAUUGGCGUGACACACGAGAUUCUCCGCUCCGAAUUUACCAACUUCAAACUCUCACUUAUGGGACAAAUAGCGCCUCAUUUCUCGCCACGAGAGUCCUACAGCAACUUUCACAUGAUGAAGGGGCAAAGUUUCCCCUUGCUGUUCCCGUACACCAGAAAGAUUUUUAUAUGGACGACAUGCUCACCGGCUCCCACGAUAUCAUAACGAGCAGUAUCGGUCAUAAGGAAGGUAAAAUAUUCUUGUGGACAGACUCAACCGUCGCCCUAUAUUGGAUCGCCGGCACUCCAUCGACGUGGAAAACUUUUGUGGCGAAUAGGGUGGCCGAAAUCCAGCGGCUUGCGAUAAAUGCUAUUUGGAGACACGUGCCAAGUCUCGAAAAUCCCGCGGACCUCAUCUCGAGAGGUGUCAAUGCAUCGUCUCUCGUCAAUAACUUAUUGUGGUGGAAUGGCCCCGAUUGGCUGGCGUCAAAGGAUCAGCCGUGGCCUGAUAACAUCACACUAUCCUCUUGCCAUACGUUGUCGGAAGAAUGUGUCGAAAUCCGUAAAACCGCUUUACACAUUACAACUACGAGCUGUGAUAUCUUCGAACGUUAUUCCUCCUACACGAAACUACUACGUGUAGCAUCUCUCUGUCGACGUUUCGCUAAAAAUUCAACUCCAGGUUGUACACCUCGGUUUGGCCCAAUAUCGUCCACAGAAGUUCACCAAACAUUGCUGGCGCUCGUGCGAAUAGUGCAACAGGAGCACUUCGCUGUCGAAAUAGAUAGACUUGCGAAAGCAAAGCAAAUUCCUCGUUCAUCUCGCCUCCGCUUUCUCAAUCCGGAGCUCAGGGAUGGUCUCAUCCGAGUCGGUGGCCGGCUAAAAUAUGCGGCGGUUCCAGAAAAUCAUAAAAAUCCGCUUGUCCUGCCAGAAAAUCACCAAUUAACGUUGCUUAUCGCCAAUGCAGUACAUCGAAGAACUUUACACAGCGGUCCUCAACUCCUGUUAGCAGUUAUGCGCCACGAAUUUUGGCCGCUUAAUGGCAGAAACUUAGCAAGAAAGGUGGUGCAUAAUUGCGUUAUAUGCACGAAGGCUAAACCUCGCAACAUGGAGCAACUUAUGGGUCAGCUACCGUCGGAAAGAAUUAACCGCGCUUAUCCAUUUCAACACGUCGGGGUGGAUUUUGCAGGCCCAGUGUAUAUCAAACCAUCCAAUCGCAAGGGCGCUCCAGUCAAGGCAUAUGUGGCAGUCUUCGUAUGCCUCACCGUCAAAGCAACACACCUUGAACUGGUCACCGAUCUCACUUCUGCCGCAUUCAUUGCGGCCCUACGUCGAUUCAUUGCACGCCGUGGGCUUCCAAGCGCAAUAUAUUGUGACAACGCUACUAAUUUCACAGCCGCUCAAAGGGAGCUCAAGGAACUUCGCCAGUUGUUAUUGUCGCAACAUCAUAAGAACGCCAUACAUCUCGAAGCAGCUAGUCUGAAAAUUGAAUUUCACUUCAUCCCUCCCCGCGCACCAACUUUCGGUGGCCUCUGGGAAGCGUGUGUGAAAUCAUUCAAACACCACAUGAGAAGAAUCGUCGGCAACAGCCUACUGUCCGUAGAAGCGUUCACAACAGUUUUGGCACAAAUCGAAGCCUGCCUAAAUUCUCGACCGAUAACCCCACUGUCGCCCGACCCGAGAGACCUACAGGCAUUAACCCCAGGACAUUUCCUUAUUGGACGUCCUCUGCUGGCUGUGCCUGAGCCAGAUCUCGCUGAAAUACCCGAGAACCGGCUAGAUUUAUGGCAGAAGAUCCAAUCGAUGGUACAGCACUUUUGGAAGCGAUGGCAAAAUGAAUAUUUGUCCACUUUGCAAUCACGUUACAAAUGGACGACAUCAAAUCAAAAUCUUCUUGUUGGUGCCAUCGUGCUAAUCCGCGAAGAAAAUCUACCUGUAGGAAAAUGGUCUAUGGGAAGAGUAGUGGAAAUCCAUCCAGGCGAAGACGGUCUCGUUCGAGUCGCUACAGUCAAACUACCGAACAAUCAGAAGCCGAUGAAGCGGCCUAUCACCAAGCUAUGCCUUCUCCCGAUUCAGGUGGAUGCAGCUGUCAUCGAAGGAAGUUCGUCGCCUUCCCGUUGUGAUGGUGAAAAUUGA